AUGGUUGCGUCGCGAGAGGGAAAGUAGCGAUCGGAUUAGUGAUUAGCGUUACCCUCUCUCAAAAUCUCGUGACAAACUACUCCAGCCAGUGACGAGCCGCGCCGCGGCCGUUGUUUGAGGUGCACGGAUGAAAUCGAAAAGUCAGUCUGCAGAGUGCCGCGGCCGUUGUUUGAAGUACUCGGAUGAAUUUGAAAAAUCAGUCUGCAGAGUGGCCUAACGAUCUCCCAGGGCGAGCACGAGUCGAGGGAAUCAGCCUUUCGGUCGAUAACCGAACGAAUUACGGGAAUACGACGAAGUUACGAUCGCCUAAGUGGCGAACAAAGAACUUCGGCAGUUACCGCUCGUGAGCAGCUGUUGCGUGUGCUUAUGUGCUGCGUUGCUCGUCUAGCCGUCGAAGACCGAAGACGUGCGAAAUGACUCAAGAGCCAACGGAGCCUGUUUGUGUAUCCGCUUGCAGAUUCGUUUGUUUCGUGGUGGUGAUCAGGCGGCCCGCUUCGGAUUCGACGUCGGAGUGCAGCAACCCUUCUGCGAAGGAGCUCCCGGUGCCAAUCGCUGUGCGGCGUUACGAGCAGCCAGUGACGUCUGCGGCACGCCAAGGCUGUCGGUGUGGCUCGGCGAGUAUAUACCCGUUCCGGCCGGUGUGCUUGGGGCAGCGGUGCUCUUGCUACGCGGCCGGCGUCAGCUGCAAGACGUGUCGCUGCAAACUAUGCUAUAACCGAAUCGACAAGGUCAACCGGCUCUAUAGCGAGGUUCUGCAUACGGACGGCGGCAACGAUGCCGUCAAGACGGGGGCCGAUGGCGAGCUGUCCUCCGAGCCACGGACACACGUGGUGAACAUCGUACGGGUGGACGAGUGACGCAACCCGACUUUAUUCCUGGGCCAUCUGUGUAUCGUCGCGUUUCUGUUUCAUCGUCUCUUCCCUGAAGCCACCAGUGAUGUGGGUUUACCUGUCCAAGAACUAUGUAGCGAAGGGCCGGAGGCCCUUCAGGUAGGCGACCGCGAUGCUCUCGAGGCGGGAGCCGACGGCAAGCUUCCCUCCAAGCCACGGACACACUCUCAACAAAGUUUACGAGGUCACGAGCAAAGCUUACGCUCUAUUUCUCUUUAACUAAUUACGGAUUCUUUCUUCAGCUAACCACCAUUGUAACAUACACAUAGGAGUGCAAGUCCAUCCUCCUCUCAGAGUUCUUGCACCGGCUUUGUUGACGGUGAAUAAAUGCAGUUUAUUCUUU